AUGUCAGAAUCGAAAGGUAAGGUGGCGAUUGUUGGCAGCGGACUAAUCGGAACGUGCUGGGCCACACUAUUUGUCAGCGCUGGCUACACUGUUUGCCUGUAUGAUAUCUCUACAAACCAGCUGGAUAGUGCCAAACAAACAGUGCUAAAGAAUUUGCAGAAGCUGAAGAGUGAAGGACUUUCAAGAGGUACGACAACUCUUGAAGAGGCGACAACCAGAAUAAACACGACUACUAAACUAAGCGAAGCGCUGGCUGGUGCUAUCUAUGCUCAGGAGUCAACUUGCGAAGACGUCGAAUUCAAAAAGCAAAUUUUUUCUGAGAUGGACCGAUAUGCGACGUCCGAUCUUACUAUGGCAAGCAGCACAUCACAAUGUCUCGUAGCGCACCCAGUGAACCCACCGCUCUACUUGACGCUCGUGGAAAUAGUACCAGCACCUUGGUCUGAGGAGAAGCAUUUAGCGAAAGCUUGCGAGAUUAUGAAGAGCAUCGGGCAGGAACCCGUAAAACUAAAUCACGAAGUGCUUGGUUUUGCUGUGAAUCGACUUCAAUAUGCAUUAUUAGCGGAAGCUUGGCGUUUAGUUGGUGAAGAUAUCCUGUCACCAGAAGAUGUUGACAAGGUUAUGAGCGCUGGACUCGGACCACGGUAUGCUAUCCAUGGACCUUUGCAAACGGUCCAUCUCAAUGCAAAUGGCAUUCGCGAUUACUUUGUCAGAUAUGGUGACGGUAUUCGACGAGUCAUGGCUGACAUGGGUCCUACACCGACAUUCCAAGAAGAAGAUAUUAUUCAAAAACUAGAGAAGACACUAAAUAGAGAUAUGCCACUGGACGAACUCCCAGCGUUGAAAGCCCAGCGGGAGCGAAAUUUAGCUCGAGUAGCUAGUAUGAAGAAAAAGUUGGACUGAGCAGGACAUAACAGUGACACACUUUCCAUUUCCGAUUCAAUACCCUCCUUUGCGCCUUUCUCAACCCAUCUGUGAAAACAAAUCUUGUUGUUCGAUAAAGCUACCAGAACUCGUGAU